GGCCAUCAGCCAUCUUACCCUCCUGUGCUGGCCCUCGAUCCGAAAUAGACCGGCUACCUGGUCUCUAUCAAUUACUUCCCUUUCAUUUCACCAGUCAUCAACCCUGCUCAAUCCUCCACCUUGAGCAGACAGACACUGUUUACCAUGUCUCUCUUCCGCAAUUGCAGGGCUGCCACCGUGCAGUUCCGCGGCUUCACCUCAUCUUCCUGUCUGCGGGUCGGCCCCGAGUCUCCCAACUUCGUCGACAUCCCUCAACCGAUUCAGCCCGAUCUUCCUUCGAAGCCCCGCGUCAAGGGUACCCUGCCCGUCCCUCGAGAACUCUUCCCGGCCCGCCGCAAGGACAAGCCGACAGAGGCAUACAUCAAUGCUGCGACGCCUCUUCCUACCAAGGAGACCAAAUUGGACCCCAAUGACCCCAACACCGAAUACAUUGAGUGGAAGAAGCGCAUGGCGGAGAUGAGACGCAAGAACCUCCGCGAAGGUCUCCUGGAACUACACACCCGGAAGCAGCGGACGGACAAGACCAUGAUGCAGCGGAGUUUGGAGAAGCAGAAGCGCCGCGACCGUAUCCUCCGCCAGCCUGAGAGAGAAGACCAGCGGUUGACCCGUAACUCCGUCAUUCAGGACAUGCUCCCCAAACAUACCGCCGUGCUGCCGGAUCCUGACCGCGAGACCCGCCUGGCUGAGUCCAAGGCCCGCCUCGAAUACCAGCAGGCUGUGAAGGAGGCAGAGCGUCAAGAUAACCUGCAAGAGCUUUACAUGAAUGCUCGGAACUUCAUCACCACGGAGGCUCAGCUUUUGGCUGAGAUCGAGCGGGUCUUCCCCGAGGGUGAGAACGAGGCCUGGCGCAGUGACCACCAGGAGGGCGAGAACAUCUGGAACUUGGGCGUGCCCCCUACUGUCCAGGGUAUUGUCAACGAGACCAGGAAGAGCGAGACCGCUCGCUGGGACGUCAUCCAGGACAGAGUCAAGCAGCUGGGAGAGCAGAUCACUGGCGGCAAGUUGUGAGCCUAUGUAUUUAUUUAGACGGUUGUAUAUUACACUUUUUCCUUUUUUUCUAGUUCGGUUUUAUUUGUUGUCAUGCAAUUCAUUUGGUUUGUACUAGCUUUACCUGUUUGUAUACCUAUUGUACCUGAACGAAUUGAACAAUCUCAG